AUGGCCAAACCAGCAGCAAUGGCUGUAGAUGCCCUCCCGAGGUUCUUGCUCCCGAGACUCAGCUGGACUGGUCCCGCGACAGCUUCCCAAGCUCUGCGACCCCUCGCUUCUUUCCCUCCGACCUCCCGCCGAGGGCUGCACACCCGGCCCAAUGCGCUGCACGACUCGAACACAUCACCAAAAUGCCGCGGCACUGCCUUGAACCACCCCGCGCGCAAUUCGAUCCUCGCAGCCCCUGGGCUGACGAGGUCGUUCCAUGCGACCCCUGCGAGGCGACGAGACCACCACUUUGAUACCUUGAAGUUCGUGCAGCGACUGAAGAGCGAGGGCUUCACCGAGGUGCAGGCUGAGGCCAUGAUGAAGGUUCUCAACGACGUCAUACAGGAGAGCAUACAAAACCUCACUCGAACCAUGGUCCUUCGCGAAGACGCCGCCAAGGCCACCUACACCCAGAAGGUAGACUUCGCCAAGCUGCGCUCCGAGCUCCUCUCCGCCGACAGCACCGAGUCCAACACGACGCGCGCGUCCCACGAGAAGCUGAGCAACGACAUUGCCAAGCUCAACUCUCGUCUGCGCGACGAGAUUGGCCGCACCCAGGCGAGCGUGCGUCUGGAUCUCAACUUGGAAAAGGGCCGUAUCCGUGAGGAGGCUGUUGGCCAGGAGCUCAAGAUCAAGGAGACGGAGACCAAGAUCGAACAGGAGGUCGCGGCGCUGCGCGAGAAGCUGGAGCAGGUCAAGUUCCAGACGCUGCAGUGGCUCAUGGGAGUCUGCACUGGUUUCGCUGCUCUGCUGCUUGGUGCCUGGAGACUGCUCAUGUAA